AUGAGUACAACAAAAUUACAUAUACUUGAUCAACAACUAGAUAUCACUUUAAUUUUAUUUAAAAAUGUUGUUAAUUCAAAAGACCUAUUAGAAAGUUAUACAAAAAGUAUGAAUGAUAACAUAUGUUAUAUAAAUGAUUUCUUUCUUUUAUUAGAUAGUAAUUUGGUUUACAAUGAAAAUCAUAUAUUGCAUAGUAUUUAUAGGGCUCAUCAUAAUUUCCAAUCGAAAAAAAGAAUAACGAAAAAUAUUUUUCUAGAAAUUCUUUUCCUUCUUUCACCUCAUGAAAAUAUUAAUGAGUGUGUAAAACAAUAUCAAAUAAAAAAUGAUUCAUCUUCUGUAAUUUAUGUGGGUAUUAAUAUUUCCAAAGAUCUAGUUGAUAUGUUUAUAAAAUCUGUUCAAGGAGAUCAAGCUGAUUUUAACGAAUUGUCUUUCUUACAUGAUAAGAAAAAAAUUUUAGAAAAUUUUAAAUGUGAUAAUAUGGACAAUUUAGAGAGAUUUAUUUAUCAUAAUAUAGCUUCAAAGAAAAUUAAUUUGAGUUAA